AUGGCGUCCCUACGACCCUUCAACCGCGUCGCGGAGCGAUUACGACUACGGACACGCAUCACAUACCCCUCCUCCUCUUCCUUUAUCACAUCCCCGAGCCACAGAUGCAGCAGCGCACGGUUCUACUCGAGCGAAGAGGCGGCACCGCCUCCGCCUCCUCUAUUACAAAAGAUUAAAGGCGAUUUGAAGACGGCGAUGCGCGCCAAAGACGCCUCCCGCCUAACCGCGAUCCGAUCCGUCCUCUCCGCCGUGCUCAACGCCUCCAAGACCUCGUCGCCGAUAACCACGGACGCGCAGCUCGUCGUGCUCCUGCGCAAGUCCCAGCGCGCCUGCGACGACGCCGCCGCCGAGUUCCAGGCCGCGGGGCGCCAGGACCUCGUCGACAAGGAGCGCGAGCAGGUCGCCAUCCUCGGCGAGUACGUCGCCGCCAGCGGCGUGCAGGACGUGUCCGAGGACGAGCUGCGCAUCGUCGUCAAGGGCGUCCUGACCGCCCUCACCAGCGAGGCCGCCGCCGACCCCGAACCCGCCGACCUCGUCGUCGGCUCUCCGCCCAGACCCUCUUUCGGCGACGUCAUGAAGACCCUCCUGGCCCCCCAGGGCCCCCUCAACGGGAAAACCGUCGAUAAGGCUCAGCUCGCGAGGAUCGUCAAGGAGGAGCUUGCUGCUGAUCGGUAA